GGGACCAGAACCCGGCAGCGGGAGCGUGGAGCGGGGCUCGGCCAGCAGCGGGGCUCCGUCACGGCGCUGCCCGCGGCUCUGGUUUCAUCCUCCGCCUUUGUCUCAUGUUUUCCCCCGGAGGUCCUCCCCCUGCGGCGCGGGGCGGAGUUUCAUACCGAGCCAGACGCUCCUUUUGUCGGAUCCGUUUCGAGCUGACUCCCCGGGGUUUGCGGGGGAAAAACAGGCACUUGGAAUAGCUCUAAACCCGCCGAACCGACGCGGUGCUGUUCGGGACCGACCCGGGAGUCCAACAGAACCAGCAGAGGAGCAGGUGGGGGGGUCUCCUCCAUCAGUCGCUGCAGGAUGAACGGCAGCAGCAGCGUCUCUGCGGCUCAGAGCGCCAGGAUCAAGGCUGAAGCAGGUAAACGCCUGACAGAUGACUGGAGUAAGGAGGACUGCCUGACUCUGCUGGAGAGGAUCCGCAGCCUGCUGCCGGACGCAGACGCCAUGAAGUAUAAAACCACCGAGUCGCACUUCGACUGGGACAAAGUCUGCUUCGGCAGCUUCACCGGAGACAUGUGCCGCCAGAAGUGGCAGAAGGUGUCGUCUGAGGUCCGGAAGUACAGAACCAUGACGGAGCUCAUCGUGGAUGCCAUUGAGUUUGUGAAGAACCCGUACAAAGGCAAGAAGCUGAAGACUCAUCCGGACUUCCCCAAAAAGCCUCUGACUCCAUACUUCCGGUUCUUCAUGGAGAAACGCGCUAAAUACGCCAAAAUCCACCCAGAGAUGAGCAACCUGGACCUGACCAAGAUCCUGUCCAAGAAGUACAAGGAGCUGCCUGACAAGAAGAAGCAAAAGUACAUCACAGAGUUCCAGCGGGAGAAGGAGGACUUUGAGAAGAACAUGGCUCGGUUCAGGGAGGACCACCCGGAGCUCAUGGAGGAGAGGAAGAAGUCGGACCUGCCAGAGAAACCCAAAACACCCCAACAGCUGUGGUACAACCACGAGAAGAAGGCCUACAUGAAGCUGCACCCAGACGUGAGUCAGAAGGAGCUGAAGGAGGCGCUGAGGAGGCAGUGGUCCCAGCUGUCUGACAAGAGGAGACUGAAGUGGAUCAGCAAGGCCCUGGAGCUCCAGAAAGACUAUGAGGGCAGUAUGAGAGUUUACCAUGAAGCCCACCCAGACGCUAACUCUGACGACCACGUGCGCUCCGUCCUCACCAAGGCCGAGAGACAGCUGAAGGACAAGUUUGACGGACGGCCAACCAAGCCCCCGCCGAACGGCUACUCGCUGUACUGCGCCGAGCUGAUGGUCAACAUGAAGGACGUCCCCAGCACCGAGCGCAUGGUGCUCUGCAGCAAGCAGUGGAAGAUGCUGACGCAGAAAGAGAAGGACAUGUUCCAGAAACGCUGCGAGCAGAAGAAGAAGCAGUACGACGUAGACCUGCAGCGCUUCCUGGAGAGCCUUCCUGAGGAGGAACGAGAACGAGUCCUAUCAGAGGAGAAAAUGGGCGGGGCCAAGCUGAAUGUGGGCGUGGCUCCACACAGAGCCAAGUCUCCAUCAGUGAAGGAACGCAGUCGGGAGGCGGAGCCAGAGGCGUGGGUGGCGGCUGCACCGCCCAAAGACAGACGGGACGGGAGGAAGAUGGUGAAGCUUCCAGAAACACCAAAAACUGCUGAAGAGAUGUGGCAGCAUAGCGUGGUUGGAGACUACUUGGCCAAGUACAGAAGUGACCGCAGGAAGGCGCAGGUGGCAAUGGAGGCAGCCUGGAGGUCUAUGGAGAAGAAGGAGAAGAUUCCAUGGAUUAAGAAGGCAGCAGAGGACCAGAAGCGUUACGAGGUUCAGUACCGACCUGUGAGGGAGCUGUUGGAGAUGAGAACACCAGCCACAGGCCAGAGGAAGCCCAAGUUUGAUGGGGAACCGAAGAAACCUCCAGUGAGUGGGUACCAGAUGUUCUCCCAGGAGCUGCUGACCAAUGGCGAGCUGAACCACUUCAGCCUGAAGGAACGUAUGGUGGAGAUCGGCAAACGAUGGCAGAAGCUGAGCCAGAGUCAGAAGGACAAGUAUAAAAAGCUGGUGGAGGAGCAGCAGGUGGAGUACAAGGCGGAGCUGGAGGCCUGGGUCAAGUCGCUGUCGCCGCAGGACCGAGCCGUCUACAAAGAGUUCUCGUCCUCGAAACGCCGCAGCACCUCCAAAGCCACCAGCAGCCCUGUGGCCAAAGUCCGCGUGACGGCCAAGGGGAAGGCGGGGGGGUCCAGAGCGGUGACUCCAGGGGUGAGCGUGGGGAAGAGGGCGAUGGCGUACCGCGCCAAGCAGGACAUGUCGGACUCAGACGAAGAUGAGGAGAAGAGCGAGUCCUCGGACUCUGAUGAAGAUGACGAAACAUCGGGAAGCACCGACAGCGAGGACGAAGACGAGAAUGAUGACGAUGAAGAGGAUGAUGACGAGCAAUCUUCCUCUGAUGAAUCCAGUGACCUGGACUCAGAUUAGCCCCGCCCCUCAUUGAUGAGGACAGUCUGUGCAGGCCACGCCCCCUCACCUGCCAAUCAUCCGGGCAGACCAAUGAGAGGCAGUGACGUCUCCAGUGGGCGGAGUCAACAGCAUUUUGUUACAAGUGUUUUGGUUUUUAUCAGCUGUUGGUUUUUAUUUGACGGACGUUUUUAAGUCGCUGACGGCUUCCUGUUUGUUAAUGUGGGCGGGGUCUGUAGAUGUGCAGGGGGCGGGGCUUCUCUAGCCCUGAGGGAGGAGUCAGUGUCGGACCUGCAGUCAGCCGGAGGAGAAAUAAAAUAAAUGCACUUUUUCCAAA